AUGGCAGCAGUGACACCACUGAAAUGCAUAACCUGCCACCUUCGUACACAGACAGAUCGCUGUAGAAGAGGCUUUGGAGUCUGUGUUGCUAAGAAUUAUGAGAGAUGCAUGAUCUUAAAGAUCUUCCAGGGUGGAACCCUCCAGUUAUCGUAUCUGGUGUGUCAGAGAUUCUGCAGAGAUCUGACAUACACUUUCCAGGGUCGAACUUAUGUUCACAAAUGCUGCAACUACAAUUAUUGUAACUUCAAAACGCUAAAAUACUUCUACUCCUGAGUUGUCCCUUUAAAAUGUUACCAGUACGUCUCUGCCUUCACAGUUGGCCUGCCCUGGCUUUUCUGCCCUGUCUGUUCUGGAGGGACCCCAGCCCUCUCUGUAACUCAGUGUUAGCCUUGCUAUUGCCUAAGCUUGGUUUCUACCUCAGUCAGAGGAUUACCAUCCUGAACAACAGAAUUCUCCCAUUACAAGGACUGGCAUUUCUGUACUUCAAGAAGCUUACCCUCAGAAGCACCGUAGAAAAUUUUAAAAUAAGACCAUUCUAGAUCCUGGUGGCGUAUCUUAGCUAGUGGAGGUGGACUAGAAAUUCUUCAGCU